GCAAUAUAUAUGGGUUUUUUUUUUUUAAUGUAUCUGGUUUAAAAUUGGAUUAAAGUUUCGAAAAGAGGGAAAAUAUUUCAAAUUAUCCCAAAGUGUUAUUGUUUUAUGUAUAACUAAGUUAACAGAGUUUUGUUAUGUGGUUGUAUAAAUAAAUACAAAUGGUUUAAAUGUGGUUAUUUUCGUGUUUUUCUAAUGUUCAUUGAGGGAGCGUUUUAGUUUCAGUGAAAUAUAUGUGUUAAUGUGUGAUAUUUUUUCGAGAUUGUUUAAUAGAUUGCGUUGAUUACUUUUCAUUUAAUUUAAGUGAAAUGCACACCUGAUGGCCACAGGUGUAUAUGUAGCGAAAGCAUUUGUAUAAUAGAGUGAGCAGUGAAACAGUCAGUAGCCAAAAAAAAAAAUAUCUCUCUCUCUCUUGGCAUACAUUUAACAUGCUGUUUAUAAUAAAUUUUAUAGCUUACAAAAUUUAUGGUAAAGCAUCUCUUUCUGUCAUGCUGUGAAACUUGAAAUUUGAGAUAGACUUGUAUAUGGGUAGAUAACACUAAAACCGAAAACCCGAGUACUUCUUCCAACUUAGUGAUAUUAAACUGGUAAAAAGCUUGGCAACAGGCCCUUUGAUGGUAUACAAAAAAUGCCGGUUGGAAUUUAGCAGAGUUUGGUUGUUUAUUGUCAAGAAAUAACAUCCGCUGCCGAAGAAAAACCAGUUUUCCAGAUUUUCUUCGAAACGGAAUACAAGUUGUGUUGUUUUUUUUCUUAUGUGAAAAUUUCAGUGUGCAGUGAGGGAUAAAUUGUUUCAUUUGUAAACGAAGGUUUUAAGUUAAAUUUGUUAAAUGUGUAGAAUUGAUGUUGUAUUAUAAAUCUGUCGGAACUGAGUGAGGUAAUUUAUCUCAUUCAAAGAAAAAGUGGGUGGAGCUAUAUAAAAAUCAUUCAAAGUGGCGCUGGAUUUCGUAACCCAAAUCAUGGAUAAAAUUCCAAUCACUGGUUCCAGCACUACAGACAGUGGCACACUGGAUUUACAAGACGAUAAGCUGGAUAUAGAUGGCAGUGUGUACCUGUGUGAGCAGACCCUUAAGAUGACCAGCCUCAGUGUAUAUGAAAACAUGGAUAUAAAGUCAGAACCAGCGGCUCCUGUUAUAGGCACAAGUCUGUCUUCGUCGUGUUACAUGAACACCAUGUUCCUCGGUGGUAAUAUUGAAAGUAAAGAUGAUAGGGGACCGUCCCUCGGAUAUUGGGACCGAUACCAACCUUUGUCAAGUUUUGAGGACUCGAACAGUAACGGGUAUGGAGACGGAAUUCCCAACCCGUACAGACCCAUGGACCUGAGACCAGAUUACAAUGGCAUUGAACCAAUGCAUAAAAGUCGUAAAAAUAAGGAGGACAAAUACUGUGGGGUUUGUGGGGACCGAGCUCUUGGAUACAACUUUGACGCUAUUUCAUGUGAAUCAUGUAAAGCUUUCUUCAGACGAAAUGCUCCUAAAGGCCUGGAUUACUUUAAGUGCCCUUAUGAAGAGAAAUGUAAGAUGGACGUCUCCAACAGAAGAUUCUGUAAGAGAUGUCGGUUGAGGAAAUGUUUUGAGAUUGGUAUGCGUAAAGAAUAUAUCCUCACUGAGGAGGAGAAGAUGCGGAAGAAACAACGAAUUGACGACAACAGACGGAUGAGAGACCUCGAAAAGAAAAUGUCACAGUCUGGGGUCGUCACAUCGUCAUCAACACAGAAGCUCCGACCCUUGGAACCCGCAGAAGAAGCCGUAAUAAAUGAAAUUGUUCAGGCUUACCGCGCAUCUCUGUCUAUACCCAUCGAGUCAAAGGUUCCGAGAGAUAAUGCCAAUUUUGCCGCGCUAGUUAAUAUCGCUGAAGUGAGUGUACGUAGGGUAGUGGAUAUGGCCAAAAAAUUGAAAGCUUUUAAGGCUUUAUCACAGACUGACCAGAUUGGUUUAUUAAAGGGAGGAAGUAUAGAAUUGCUCAUUCUUAGAUCUGUUAUCUCAUUCGAUAAGGAAAACAAUUAUUUUCUAGAUCCUUAUGAUAAGGACUCUUUGGCCAUGUCAGCUGAUCAGCUUAGGGAGGGCAUCGAGAAACCGGGAGUCGAAGGUCUCGAGGGCAUGCCAGGUUUGCCAGGAUUCAAUCAAGGUGGCGGACUCUUUGACGAGCAUAUGAAAUUUGUCAAAUCGUUAGCGAUAGACUUGAAAGCCGAUGAGACAGUGUUGAUAUUACUACUAAUGUUGUCACUGUUCUCGCCCGAUCGUCCCUGUGUACAGGAUAAAGUGUACAUAUCCGCAGAGCAGGAUAAAUACGCGCUCUUACUUCAAAGGUAUCUCGAAUCCAAAUACCCAAGUCACGUAGUUCGUAGCAUCUACCCAAAGCUUUUGAUGAAGCUAACAGAUAUUCGCAACUUGAAUGAGGAACAUUCGCAAGUUUUGUUGAAACUGAAUCCCGAAGGUAUUCAGCCAUUGAUGAAGGAAGUUAUGGACUUGCACCUGAAAAAAUCGGAAACAGAUAGUGAUUCGUCAUCAGUUGCAUCGCCAUAGGAACAUUCUAUAUUUAGAUCAUUACAGUUGAAUUGCCGAUUUAUUUUAGGCAACAUUUUAAGGAAUGAGAAUAGUCUUGUAUUUGAGUCUGUACUUUUAAAAGGAAAAAAAAAGUUAUAGAUUUUGACUUUUGCCAUCCAACUUACAGGGAUAGAUUUAUAGUUGAUUUGAACGUAGCAUGUUCACAUCGUCAUUACUAGCAGAUUAUCGCUUGUUUUGGAGAAAACCCCCGCCAGUACGUAUUUGCUCGUAGAUGUAAUGUUGUUUUAUUUUUUCUGUAAAUUAGUAGUAAUAGUGAUAAAUAAUAAAAAAAUUACGUGAUAACAAAAAAUUACGUCCAUAGAGUUUAUUUGUACAGCCUCAAUUCUGCUAUUACCUCAGUGUAAAGAUGUUUAGGUGUUGUACGCAUAAAUGAAAUAUUGCCAUAUAUUAUUAUUAUUAUAAUACUAGAGAUCUCCGAUUGAUGAUUCUAUUUUGAUGUUUGGAAAAAAAGUGUGAUGAUGGAAAAGGUGUUGUAUUAAUGGUUAAUUGGAAAAGCCUGUUCUUGAAAGUUUUUUUUUAUUUUUGAUGUUUUAAAGUGGUACUUAGGAUAAAAAAAAGUAUAUAAGAGAGAGAGUUUUUAGAUUCUUAUGUGCAGUAAUAGAAACCGGUGAACUGAUUUUUUAUCAUUUGAAACUCUGUUACUGACUGCAUUUAUGUUUGUAAAGAAAAAGGAGAACAAGUUUUCAAUGAGAUGGAAAAUGGAAGACGUAGAGAAAUAUACUCGCAAAUUAUUAAAACAGACUGUUAAAAAAAAGCAAAAAGUCCACUUGACAGUUCAGAACGUCAGACAAUUUUUAUUUUGGUAAUAAAAUUGAAUUCAUUUCCCCGAUAGGUUGAAGGUUUGAAAUUAAAUUUUAAAGGAACACCAUAUUUCUUAGUGUAAUGGAUUUUAAAUAAUACUCUAAAAGUCAUAAAAUCUAACAGGAAAGCUUCUUCACCAAAUUUUUUUUAUGUUUUUUUCAAGAUUCAAACAUGUCUAGUAAAUAUUAUUACAAGUUGAAAUAAUUUAUGAAUAUUGGCAAAAAAAGUGUUUGUGAUAUGAUUGCUGUAGUUCUGUGGUAGUGUUGAAAUGUAAUGUUAGUGAAAGGUUAUCUAUAAAAUGAUAUUCAACAAGUUUCUUCAUUACAGAAAAGUUUUUUUUUUCUUUCUUUCCUUCGUUAGAAAAUUGUCAAUUUCUUACGACAACUGUUUAUUAUGAAAGUUAAUAUUUAGCUGAAAUUAUUCAGAAUGCAACUCAAUGCAGAUGUUAAAUAUUGAGGUAUUUGUCUGCGGAAUUCCUAGCUACGUACAUAAAUUUCAAAAAUUGUUGUUAUUAAAUAACAUCAGUGUUUUUUGUUGGUUUUUUUAAUUUUCAUCCUAUAGUCUCAGAUAUCUCAUUCAUCACUAACAAAAUACUGUGAGAGAAAUAAUUUCUUUAAUCACAUUAAUCUAUGUAUAUAUUUUGUUUGUGGAUCUUUGUUUUAUUUUUAAAUCCUUAACCUGCAGAAUUUUUAAAGUGGACCAGCCCAAGUUUCCAUUAAUUUUUUGGAUGUGCAGACGGGUUGCAAAGUACUCAACCUUUUUGUUCUGGCAGGUUGGAGCUUUAAGAGAGUUCUUGUCAUCUGUUAUAUUUCUUCUUCUUUUUCUGUUGUUAUAUUUUAUUUAUGUUAUUUAAGUUGUGUUAAAGAUUCUUUUUUUUGAAAAUUUUAAUGCUUGAUUUUUUUUAUUACUUUUAAAAAGACUAGAUAAUGAAAUUGUCUAGGAGUUGGAUUAAUUUUUGUUUUUUGAUAAGUAAAGCUUCGGAUUUUUGACAAAAUCCUCUUUUAGUGCAAAGAAAAUCCUCUUUUAGGGGAAAAAUCCCCUGUUAGACAAGUGUUCUGUUUUGGUGGGGGAAAACACCAUUUUAGACAAAAGUCCUCUUUUAGUGGAAACAAAAUCCCCUUUUAGACAGAGACAAAAGUCCUCUUUUAAAUGGGAAAAAUCGCCUUAAAGAAAAAGUUCUCUUUUAGUGGAAAUAAAUCCCCUUUUAGAAAAGUACUCCUUUUCAGAAAAAAAUCCUCCUUUUAAGGUUACAGCCUCAUAUAAAUGUGACAAAAUUAUAAAAGAGGAUUCUGUCAGAAAUUGCAGGGACUUUAUAUAUAGUGAAGGUAUUCACAAUAAAAUGUAUGUAUAAAUGAUUAUUGUUUUAAGAACAUUGUUGUUGAAUUAUAUUGUUACAAUAUUUCUUUCUAUUUUUCUUCACCUUUCACGAUUUUUAAUGAACUGUACAAGUAAUGUAAGGGACGUGACAGAAUGACUUAUUUUGCUGUAACUGCAAACAAACAACCCUCCAAAUUAAAGAAGCUAUGAUACUAAUGAAUGUGGACAGUCAUUUUAACACCACCCUUGAACUUAAUUUAGUAAUAUUCGGGAAAUUGAAGCUGACCACUCCUAUAUUUGUAUAAUGAACUCGUCUCACUUUGAAAUUUGGAACUGUCCAUUGGUAAUGUUAGGGGAUGUUGUUAUUAAUAUUCUAAAAUUGAGCAGACGGCGGUAUAAAACCUGGUCACACGGCACCAUUUUGCUGGCUGAUGUCAGCUGUGUACUGUUAACAUUCUGGCAAAGUCAAAUUUCUCAAGUUAAUAAAUUGUUAAAACCCAGGAUAAGAUAUUGAAGGCCUUAUUGAAAGUUACGUUAUUGUAUGUUUCAUGUUAUAACACUAUUUUAUGUCAGUUUAACUGCCUUAUACAACUGUCAGAGCAGCUCUGUUUUCAACUUGUAACAAUAAAAUAUUAUUAAACUUGUUAAAUUUUAAUUUGUUUUAAGAAUCACAGAGGUGCAGUACUUUGGCUAUGAAUUUGCUGUUAGAUCUUUGUUUAAUUUUGUUUUUCUCAAACGAUACGAGUGCCUUUUUUCGAUUGCCACUAGGAAAAAAGAAAGGGGUUUGGAAUAAAUGUGAAAAGGAAUACUUUACACACAAAUGUGUACUUGAAUAUGUAAUAUAUAUGUAUUUAAACAUUAAAUGUUUACACCUCAAGAGUUACAUGUUUAGACAAGAUAUUUACUCCCUUUUAGGACUGCUGAGUAUUUCUCGGAAAUUGCUUAGAGAUGACAUGUGGGUAUAUCUUGCUAUUAAAUUGAAUAAUUUUGUAUUGGAUUUAAGAAAAUUUAUUAAUACUCAGGAAAAAGUCAGAAGACAUUGAUAAUCUUUGUAUUACUGGUAUAUAGGAUCAAAUUUCCAAUAAAUUUUGCAAAGUUUUUCACACAAAGAAGGAAACGAGGAGAUUUCAUAUUAAAAUGCUUUUAUAACACAAUUGCUGGUUUAAACUCUAAAUAGAUUCAGUGUUAUUAUGUUUGUUGAAAGACUCCAGGAUAAACCCACUUGUCACCUUUAUGUUUUUCCGUACUUGGAAACGACUUCACGCUGAUCUGUUUCGUUUUGCUCAGGUAACCCAUCUGCUAUAAUAAAAGUGAUAACUGUACUUGCUCUUUAACUUGUAAACUUGUGCAUAUAAUUUAUGUUUUUUGUAGCAUAGUAACGCUGUAUUGUGAUUAUGUAGCAUAAGUUAUGCUAAAAUAAUUUAGCAUUUAAAGCACAGAACAGUUAAAAUUUGUUGCAUAACGAACAUUAUGCUAAAAUGGUAGUUGUAAUAUCCGUCUACCAAGAAUAUGAAUUUGCGCGUUAUAUGAAAUAAUUGAUGAGUUUCAUAUAAAAAUUAUUCUGCAGUUUGCAGACGGCUCAACAUUUUGUGAUUUCAUAAAAGUCGGAAGUAAAACUGAAACCCUAGAAUGUUAACUUUAACAUUAACCUUUGAAUCAUUUUUUCAUUAUUUUCCUGGGCUUUAUAGUAAAUUCUGUCAUUUAGCGUGUAUUAAUGCUUUUUCUCGACAAGAUGUUAGAAUAUUUUAACGCAUGUUUUUUUCAGAGCCAGACGGGCUAGACUAGUCGAUUGUAUUACAGGCAGCUGACACAUGUAGGUCCUCCUCACUCCCUUCUGUUUGACGUCACUCGAUGUAGAUUUACGUUGUCAAUUGUUGAGAAAUUAGUUUCAAAAUCUUGUUAAACUAAGUUUUCUGCAUUUUUGGGACAAAAUACUACCUUUUUUAGUACAAAAUAUAAGAAAGAUUUUGUUUGUUUUAAACGAUGUAAUAUAUUUGCUAGGCUUUUAAGAUUUUCCCUUCUACCAGUAUAAUGUAAGUUACUGAUGUAAAAAAAAUAAUGAACGAUCAGUUUCACUUGUGGUAGGAAAAACAUUUUUUUGGGGGGUCAUCAUUUUGUUUUGGCAGCAAUUAUUUUUACCAUUUGACCCAUGUUGGAUGUAUUGGUAGAUCCCCAAGUGCUAAAUUUAUUAGUACAGCUCAUUUUAUGAAAAUCUAGCCCUGUGUAAAGUAGACAUUGAUGUUAUUAUUGACCAUUUGUCGUACAUCUCAUUUUCAUGGAACAGUUGUUUUAUCAUUAAAAAUGGUGUGAAAAAUAAAGGCAAAAGUAGAAUUUACCUAUCAAAGUUACCUGAAUUUUUUUUUUUGAAAGAUUUGACAGUAAUGUAGUUAAGUACUGAAUGUCCAUAAUUGUUCUUAUUAAUUUUGAUACCUGAUGUUAGUUAAUAAGAGUGAUGCUAGCAUUGUUGUUAUGAAUAAUCAUGUAUUAAUUAUAAUUGUCUUUUUGUGAUCAUUUCUUCAAAUUGUAUCAGAGCUAUUGAAUAUGUCUGUUUUGACUGAAGAGUUGGAUUUUAUAUGUAUAGCAAAAAGGUUUUUUGUACGAGUACCAUUAAAUGAUAUGGUUUAUUUUAAUAUAAACUUUUAAAAUUUUAAGAAAUGAUAUUGACAUAUUAUUUCACGGAAGUAUUUAUAAUAUAAGAUUUUCAGUGCAGGCUAUUUUUGUGACUUGAAUUAGACAGUUAUUUGGCUUGGGCAGUUACAAGUUAUUUGCACAGUCAAGUUAUUUGCACAGUCAAGUUAUUUGCGCAGUUUUUUUUUAAUUGAACAACAGUAAUUCACACCGUGAUUACUAGCAUGAAAAAAGAUGUCAUAAAUCCUUUUCUAGACUAAAAUUGUGUGGUGCACUUGCACAGUCCAUAGCUAGUUGAGUCUAUAUGGAAAGCGAGGGCAAAGCACAGUAACAUUACGGGAUCUAAUUCAUAUAUAUAUAUAUUAUGUUAUGUAUAUUUUGGUAAGCUUUUGUGAUGUACUCGUGCCAUAGUUUUAAUAUAUGGAGAACAUGACAGGCAUAUCAACUUUAUUCAGGCUUGUCAAUAAUCAAGACGUACGUGGUAAUGAUGUUGAAUUAAUAAUUUUUUUUACAAGUACGAUUAUCUUAAAAUUUGAUGUAAUUUUAAGAACUCUAAAAAUAAUAACGAAAAUGAAAAGAAGAAACAACUUUUUAUUUGUGCAAGUUGUUUUUCAUUUGUUGUUUGUUUUUUUUUCAUCUCUGAUCCUGAUCAUUUCAUCAGACUUUUAAAAAAAAUAUUUUAUGAAAGAUUAAAGGCAUAUGAGAAUUAAUUUAUUAAUAUGAAACAUAUUAUAUUUAUAGUUCUUUAACAAUUAACAACUCUUUCAAUGUAUACGGACUGAAAAAAAAAACAACUCAAAAACUACAGUAAUUUCAUGCUAGUAUUGGGGCUUAUUAGUGCCCUGUACAGACUUUUUUAUGUAUGGUGGGGUGUAAUGGACAAAACGUCAUUAACUAGCCACCAUAACGUUUGUAAGCUUUUGCUGUGAAUGCUUUAAGUGUGAUAUAGCCGUUGGGUCUUGAAUGAUAUUGUUGGAUUAAAUGGCAGCCAGUACAAAUGUAUGUAUGACAGUAAAUGGCACUUUGUUAAAUUCCAUAUUGCAUUAAGUAUUUUCAUGUUUUUUUUUAAAAACAU